GCUGCGCUUGUUGCACUUCGUCGCCUGCAUCCCUCCACAGCGGACCUCCUCAGUGACUGGAAGUAGAGAAACAGCAAACAGCCAAGAUGCCUGUUGAUCUGAACGGAUAUUGGAAGAUGAUUUCCAGCGACAACUUCGAGGAGUACAUGAAGGCUUUAGAUGUAAAUGUUGCCAUCAGGAAAAUUGCCAACUUGCUGAAGCCUGACAAGGACAUCACUCACGAAGGGGACCACAUCAUCAUCAAGACCCUCAGCACCUUCAAAAACUACAACAUGGACUUCUACGUGGGCAAAGAGUUUGAGGAGGAUCUGUCUGGAGUGGAUGACAGGAAAUGCAUGACCACCAUCACCUGGGAGGGCGACAAGCUGGUGUGUGUGCAGAAGGGAGAGAUUGAAGGAAGAGGCUGGACCCACUGGGUGGAGGGAGAUGAGCUUCAUCUGGAGCUGAGAGCUGCAGGAGUUGUUAGCAAGCAGGUCUUCAAGAAGUCCUAAAGCAGACGUUGCCCCGAGCCGACAGAUCGUCAGAUAAACACAUCUGACACAACCUGGGCCUCUGAUGCACAAUCCAACGUUCCUUUAGUCUCUCCUUAUAUCCAUGAUCUUAUUCUGAAUAUUAUUUUCACCUCAUUUAUAUUCCAUCUACACCGUUGCCUUAAUUUGAUAAAGCCAGUUCAUAUGGGGCGGAUAUAAAGCGUUGCAUUUAACAUCAUAAACAGCAAUGCUCUGUAUUUGUCUCUGUUUGGCUGCUUUGAUUAGCAGGAUUAGAUGGGAUGGAUGCAGGUAUAUUGGGGUGUAGUUAAUCUGAUGGAUGAACCAGAUUGAUGAAUGAAAUAACAAGAGGGAGCCUUAUGGAUGAGUUGAAAAGAAAAGUCAUAUAAUUAUUAAGUUAUAUUUUCCAAAUGAUUGUUGUGGAUGGAAAACAGUAAGAUCUCAGUCUGAACUUCUUUACUGAUACUUACUCAGCAGAAUACAUAUCUGAUAUCAUAAAUGUAUAUAUUCUGAAUUCCUUUGGGACUGUGCCACUGAUAGUAAAAUGAAUCGAUCAAUAAACGAAAUAGUUCUCAGCA